GUGGAAUCCGCACGGAGUGAGGAGAGCGAGCCUCUGGACUUCCAACCGCUCAGCAUGUGAACCGACGCUCUGUGUGAAGUCAAGUCGAAAAACGAUGGAAAUAUACGCCUUUUUAAGUUAAAAACGUGUCUCGUUUUGCGCUAAAGUAACCGCGGUUACGUGCUGGACGCGCCGGAAUAACUUGGGUUGGCAUAACUUGAAGAAAAUGGGACUUUAAAGUGCUUUUUUCACCGGGUCGGGAGUGAGAGUGGGCUGCUUGGAGUCACUUACAAAGACCAUCAAGAAGUCAUGACACGGCGAACGUUUCACUUGGAUUUAUCGUCAUAGAACACGAGGAAAAGACGAUUAAGGCAAUUUCAACUCGGAAGUACUCGGACCGUGUGCAAAGUUUUGCGACGUUUAAUGUAGACUUCUUUGCUUUUUAACCGUUUUAAAGUCGCCCUACUUGGAUCAAAGUUUUUCCUUCCCUCCCCCCUCCUCCUCCUCCUCCUCCUCCUCCUCAACUAUGGCGGCGGCCAGGUCCACCACUGGCUCCGUGUUGCUGCGGAUCAUGUGGCUGAUGUGCGGGCUGUCCUUCUCGUCCACAUCUGCUCAAAAUUACAACAGCGAGAGUGGAAUAUCGGUACCGGAACACGGGUUUUGCCAGCCCAUCUCCAUCCCGCUCUGCACCGACAUCGCCUACAACCAGACCAUCAUGCCGAACCUCCUGGGCCACACGAACCAGGAGGACGCCGGACUCGAGGUGCACCAGUUCUACCCUCUGGUCAAGGUGCAGUGCUCUGCAGACCUCAAGUUCUUCCUCUGCUCCAUGUACGCACCGGUGUGCACGGUGCUGGAGCAGGCCAUCCCCCCGUGUCGGUCCCUGUGCGAGCGUGCACGCCAGGGGUGUGAAGCCCUCAUGAAUAAAUUCGGCUUCCAGUGGCCGGAGCGGCUCCGCUGCGAGGCUUUCCCCGUGCACGGAGCCGGUGAGAUCUGCGUGGGCCAGAACACAUCCGAGCCCAGCAGCCCGUCCUCCUCGUCCCCCUUUGCACCAGACACGGUUACCCUCCCCACAAACAUAGGCCGACCCAACCAACGCCCGUCCCAAAACAACCAGUACCACCAGUUCUCGUGCCCUCUGCAGCUGGAGGUGCCUGCCUACCUGGGCUACCGGUUUAUGGGGGUCAACGACUGCGGGGCCCCAUGUGAGCCCACUAAACCGACCGGUAUUAUGUAUUUCCGGGAGGAUGAGGUCAAAUUCGGCCGCCUGUGGGUCGGGAUCUGGUCCAUCUUGUGCUGUGUGAGCACCUUAUUCACCGUGCUCACCUAUCUAGUAGACAUGAGGCGGUUCAGGUACCCCGAGAGGCCCAUCAUCUUCUUAUCCGGGUGUUACUUCAUGGUGGCGGUGGCCUACGCUGCUGGGUUCUUCCUGGAGGACAAAGUUGUUUGUGUGGAUAAAUUCAAGGAUGACGGCUACAGAACGGUGGCCCAGGGGACUAAAAAGGAGGGCUGCACCAUCCUCUUCAUGGUGCUGUACUUUUUUGGGAUGGCCAGCUCCAUCUGGUGGGUGAUUUUGUCCCUGACCUGGUUCCUCUCUGCCGGGAUGAAAUGGGGCCAUGAGGCGAUCGAAGCCAACUCCCAGUACUUCCACCUGGCCGCGUGGGCCGUCCCGGCCAUCAAAACCAUCACCAUCCUCGCCAUGGGCCGGGUGGACGGAGACGUCCUCACCGGGGUGUGUUUCGUGGGGAUCUUCAACGUGGACGCCCUCCGCGGCUUCGUCCUGGCUCCGCUGUUCGUCUACCUGUUCAUCGGUACCUCCUUCCUCCUGGCGGGCUUCGUGUCCCUGUUCCGGAUCCGCACCAUCAUGAAGCACGACGGCACCAAGACGGAGAAGCUGGAGAAGCUGAUGGUGCGCAUCGGGGUGUUCAGCGUGCUCUACACGGUACCGGCCACCAUCGUGAUCGCCUGUUACUUCUACGAGCAGGCCUUCAGGGAGCACUGGCAGCGGACCUGGCACAUGCAGACCUGUAAGCGGUUCGCCGUGCCCUGCCCGGUCCACAACUUCGCCCCCAUGACCCCGGACUUCACCGUGUUCAUGAUCAAAUACCUGAUGACCAUGAUAGUCGGGAUCACGUCGGGCUUCUGGGUCUGGUCCGGCAAGACUCUUCAAUCAUGGCGGAGGUUCUACAAGCGCCUCAGCAACGGCAACCACGGAGAGACGACGGUGUGAGGUGUGGAGGAGGAAAAGGCACAAAGCCACGAUGUUUUUGGAUUUAAUAACCAUGUAAAUGAGGUCAAAUAGCUUUCAUUUUUAAUACUAUUUUGGACUUAUAUGUUUUUGUUUUUUUUCAUGUUUCACAACCAAACUUUGAUCUAUAUUCGAUACAAGUUGGAUGAUUUAUUUUUGGGUGAGUUUUGUCAUCACCAGACAGCCCACACUCCUCCUGGCUUUUGCAUCUUUGGAAUAUGAACUGGUGUAAAUGGCCAUACUGGUCCUUGGACUGUAUUUGCCAGACUGGUGAGGUCACUUUUGAUAUGAAACUCCCGAUUAUUAUUAUUAUUAUUAUUAUUAUUAUUAUUAUUGUUAUUGAUUAUAUCCUCAGUAUCGCAAUUUUAAUGUACUUCCUGUCACCUCUGGUGAGAGUUUGUCACCAUAUCAGAAAGGACUGAUGUGUGGAGAAGUGUGGCCUUCUGUCCAUGCUGCAGUGAAAAAGGUCAAAGGUCACCCGCUGACUGUGAAUCCAUUAUUUAGGGAUGCCUGGAUUACACAUUUAAAGUCACUCUGCUUUUAGUUUAAGACUGAAAUGCUUUAAUAUGUGCGUGUGUGAGAAAUUGCAGAGUACAAUCUCGCCUGUUUUUAAUCUGGCAAAUAAUCCAUCGACCCGUGACUCCACGCCCAUGAAUCAAAACUUUUAUUUCAAUGUUACUUUAUUUUUAUUUUUUAAUUUUCUGACUGUUGAGUAUUUGCUCUUGUAUUGAAUGUUCACUCCGAAGGUGAAUGAAGUUAUGUAUUGGUUUGCACAGCUAUCCUAAAGGUUAAAAGUGUUAAAAAUGACUGAUUCAAACAGUUAAAGAGACCACACACACACACACACACAGGAAGUCACAACAGCUCAUUGUUUGUCUCUGUGUGUGUGGUCUCUCCACUGUUGGAUCCCUCCAUCAAAAAAUACUUUUUAAGCUUUUAAGACAUCCAAAGCACCAUUUCAAGGAUACAGACUUGAUCCACGCUGAGUGGAAAUGGUUGCUCAUGUUAUUUUAUCCUGGAUAAAGAUGACUGUACACAUUCACGCCUGUAUUCCUCCCAGUGUAUCUGCCCCCAUCCCCCUUUUUUAUGAUUUCACUUGAAGUGUUACAUGGUUCACACGCAGACUGAGCAUCUAUUUUUUUUUUAGAGUCUGGGCUACGUUACAGAAGCCUUCAAACAUGGAGAAACUGCAUUUUUUUUUUUUUUUGUAUCUUCUCUGAGGACUCAUGUUUGAUCUUCUAAAUCGUGGAAACACCAGGAAGGAGCUCAGCGUUCACAACCUUGUGGGAAUAUUUUUUAUAUUUUGAUACAGAGAGAGAGAGAGA